GUAAUAGACUAGUGUUGUUUUAAAAACUGUUGUAAUAAGUUUAUAAAAAAUGACAUAUAUUUUUUCACAAUACGUUAUUUUUCUUACGCUCAUUACCUAUUCCUCGAAUAGUGUUUUUGAAUCAUGGCCAAUGAGUAAACUAUUAGAACGUGACGGUUAUCAUGGAGAAACGCAUAACGUUACAACGGAAGACGGAUUUAUUUUGGAUUUGUAUAGAAUUCCUGGUAAAUUAAAUGCACCUCCGGUGUUACUUAUGCAUGGGCUGCUUUGUGAUUCUGCUUUGUGGAUUAUUUUGGGCAGAGAAAAAUCGUUGGCGUAUUUAUUGGCCGAUGAAGGAUACGAUGUUUGGAUUGGAAACUCCCGCGGAAGCUCAUAUGGACUUUCGCACGUAAAUUUAACGACUGACGAUUUUGAAUUUUGGGACUUCAGCUUUCACGAAAUGGCAAUUUACGAUUUGCCAGCGACAUUGGACUAUAUUACGAAUAUAGUAAACGAUAAAAUAAUAUAUAUUGGGCAUUCCCAAGGCACAAUGAUAAGUUUUAUUAUGGAGUCUGAACAAACGGCAGAUAUGAUGAAGAAAAUAAAAGGAUUAAUUUGUCUUGCACCAGUGGCUCAUUUAGGACACGUGCAUUCACGUAUUCAUUUAUUUAAUGCAUUGCUUAAUAAACUUGUUAAGUUUCUCUAUAGUCUAGGUGUUCUGAAUAGUGUUGGAGGCCAAACGUCAACAUUCAAAAUUAUUUACUCUCUCGGAUGCACGUUAUUUAAAUUCGAAAAUCAUAUUUGCGAAGGCUUAUAUUUUUUUGCUAUUGGACCCGAGUACAAUCAAUUCAAUGACUCUAUUUUGGCUCCAGUUCUCAGUAAUUUUCCAGCCGGAACAUCAACGAAAAAUCUAAUCCAUUUCGCACAAGGAACUGAGACAAAUCGCUUCGCGCAAUUUGACUACGGCGAAAAAAAAAAUUUAGAAAUAUACAAUUCGUCUCUACCACCCGCAUAUGAUCUGUCAAAAGUAACUUCUCCCGUGGCUUUAAUUUAUUCAGAAGCCGAUUGGUUUGCAGAUCUUACGGAUGUCGAGGCGCUUUUUGAAUCAUUGCCAAAUGUAAUAGACAAAUACAAAGUGGACUUUGAUAAAUUUACACACAUGGAUUUUUUAUGGGGAUCGGAUGCUAAAUCACUAGUUUACGAUCAUGUCAUUGAGCUCGUUAAAAAAUUGAGCAAUCAAGAAUAAUUAUAUAAAUAAUAAAUAAAAUUUAUAUGAGUGCGACUGUAGCAGACAUGAAAAAAUUCAUAAAUUUUAAAUAAUAAAAUUAAAAAAAUCCGCGUACUGAUUCAAUUAUCUAAGUGCUCAUUUUUUAAUUUUUCUCUUAAAUUUUAGAUACCCUGAUUAAAAAACUGAAUUCGAUCGAAUUAGACAAAAUUCAAUUUUUAAUUCUGUUAAUUCGGCAGGAAAACCAGAAUUUGUCCAAAUUAAACCGAAUUAAAAUAAUUCUAUUCGGUUUAAUUCUGAUUAAUUCGAAAAUAAUUCUCCAAUUUCUGGUUUCGAAUCCGAAUUAAACUGAAUUAAAACGAAUUUGAAAUUUUCUAAAUCAGUUUUAUUCUGUUUAAUUCAAAUUCAAAUUUUCAGUUCAGUUGAAUUCUGUUUUGCAGAAUUCGACAGAAUAUAACAGAAUUAAAAUUUUUAAUUCUAUUUAAUUCAGAUAAUUUCCGUUAAUUCGGUAUCUAACUUAAAAAUGAAUUCUGUCUAAUUCGGCAGGAAAACCAGAAUUUGUUCAAAUUAAAACGAAUUUAAAUAAUUCUAUUCGGUUUAAUUCUGAUUAAUUCGAAAAUAAUUCUCCAAUUUCUGGUUUCGAAUCCGAAUUAAACUGAAUUAAAACGAAUUUGAAAUUUUCUAAAUCAGUUUUAUUCUGUUUAAUUCAAAUUCAAAUUUUCAGUUCAGUUGAAUUCUGUUUUGCAGAAUUCGACAGAAUAUAACAGAAUUAAAAUUUUUAAUUCUAUUUAAUUCAGAUAAUUUCCGUUAAUUCGGUAUCUAACUUAAAAAUGAAUUCUGUCUAAUUCGGCAGGAAAACCAGAAUUUGUUCAAAUUAAAACAAAUUUAAAUAAUUCUAUUCGGUUUAAUUCUGAUCAUUUGGAAAAUAAUUCUCCAAUUUCUGGUUCUGAAUCCGAAUUAAAACGAAUUUGAAAUUUUCUAAAUCGGUUUUAUUCUGUUCAAUUCAAAUUCAAAUUUUCAAUUCAGUUGAAUUCUGUUUUGCAGAAUUCGACAGAAUACAACAGAAUUAAAAUUUUUAAUUCGCUCGAAUUCAGUUGUUUAAUCAGGGUAAUUAUUCAAAAAUUAAAAAAUUCUAAUUGUCAACUACAUUCACUAAUAUUAUAUUCAAAUAUAUAAAAAAAAAUUCAACUCCAACUUGGGGUUUCGAAGCCUAAAAAAAUGAAAUUCAUUGUACCCAAGUAUCUUUUGUAUUUAAAAUAUAUGUUUUAAAUAAAAGAAACGUGAAAAUUGUCUCAA